GGUGUGCUUAUGCGACGCGGUAGGAAUAAUAAGUGUUUAUUUAGGUACAGUAAAACUCAAAUAACGGUUACUUUAGAGAGCGGUGAACGUUAGGUACCUUCAAUAUCACUGAUCUGGUGAAACGUGUUCUUCAGUCUCCACAUGAUGUUCAGACUAUGUCUGGUCAUUUUAGCUAUAAUUAUGAGUAACGACACAAUUGCGCAGCAAAUGAACUUAGAACACUGGAUGAGGGACCUGCCAGUACAAUUAAAAGAUGUACCACUGAUUUAUCUUGCUAUACCAGGUAGCCAUGAUUCUAUGACAUACAGUAUAACACGUGCUAGUGACCUAGCUCCAGAUGCUGAGCCAGCUGUAAAACGCCUGUACCCUCUGUUUCGAGGUACGAUUUUACGCUGGACCAUAACGCAGUCUCUAGAUACCUUGCAGCAACUGCUCAUUGGCAUUAGGUAUUUCGACCUAAGGCUUGCCACAAAAACAAAUUCAGAACAAUUUUUCUUUACUCACGGUGUGUACGCAGACGAGAUAUCGAAGGCACUGAACCAGGUCAAGGAAUAUGUUUAUUCGCACCCUGAAGAGGUGGUAAUACUAGACUUCCAGCACUUCUACGGAUUCACACCACAAGACCACCAACGGCUUAUGAGAUACCUGUUGCAGCUGUAUGGCCAUUCAUUAGUGCCUCGGACGUUCGAUUUGUUGACCGUCACUCUUAAUUCCCUCAAUCGACAGCGACAACAGAUCAUAGUAGUAUACCGCCACGAAGCCGUAUACGCGACAAGCGAGUUCUGGCAGCCUCAAAUGCUUCCAUCCCCUUGGCCGCAGCAAGAUCGCACCGAAGGUCUCAUUGACUUCUUUUACAAAGUCAAACGCAACCCUGGGACCGGUUUCGUGCAUCAGGCUGUGUUGACGCCCACACCUACUUUCAUUGUACUACGAUGGUUAUCAAAUUUACGGGACAAAUGUGCAAAGCCGGUGCUAAAGGAUGUGCUUCCAAUAUUAUCAGAGUUCUCUCCGGGCCCGCCGCAACGUCCGGCGACGGUGCACGAUUCCGUACCGCGAUCGCCCGUCAAUGUCGUCAUUGCGGACUUCGUCGAAUUGGAUGACGCUCUUUUCCCUAGAGCUAUCAUACAACUCAACCUGAAACUGCUCAGAAACACCGACUUAGUAUAUCAUAACUACGGUUAGCUUUCGGUAAGACUGAAUACUGCCUUAAAUGAUAUUAUUGGCUUCC